GUUUACAGUGGUGGGAGUGGGCGGGCUGCGGCAUAGCAGGAGGCUUAGCUUGCGCAACCUUCCGAGUUUUAACGGCCUCUCACCAUCUCCAUCCCAAUUGCAGAACUGAGAGAAAAGGGAGAGGUUUUGGUGUUGGAGGAGAGAUGGGAGAAGAGAAAGUGAAAGAGGAGGCGAUGCAGAUACUGGGAAUGUUCCAAGUGCUCCCUCGUUUGGUCGUCUUCGACUUGGAUUACACUCUCUGGCCUUUCUACUGUGAAUGUCGCUCUAAACGUGAGAUGCCAUCUAUGUAUCCACAUGCUAAAGGCAUAUUACACGCACUCAAGGACAAGGGGAUUGAUAUAGCUGUUGCUUCCAGAUCUCCGACUGCAGAUAUAGCAAACACCUUUGUUGACAAAUUGAGCAUCAAGUCCAUGUUUGUUGCCAAGGAGAUCUUUCCCAGUUGGACUAACAAGACAGAUCAUUUCCAGAGGAUUCACUCAAGGACUAGGGUGCCCUACAAUUCAAUGCUUUUUUUUGAUGACGAGAAUAGGAACAUACAAGCGGUUUCUAAGAUGGGAGUGACAAGCAUACUGGUGGGGAAUGGAGUUAAUCUUGGAGCAUUGCGACAAGGGCUAACAGAAUUUGCUGAAAAUUGGAAUGCAUCUCAGAAGAACAAGCAGAAAUGGAUCACAAAGUUCUCUCAGAACUCAAAUUCAUCCGAGAACAAGCAGAAAUGAGUAUUCUUAUAUGUUCACCUAAGAUCUACAGUUUUACGUUAUCGAAAUUAUUUUCCAAAGUUAUAAUGGAUUAUUUUGAAAACCAUAUUUAAUUUAUAUUCAUCUGAAUCUAGGUUAUAGAUUAUCAUUCUAAAAACAUUGUAUGUGAAUCAUUUACCAUUGUUAAUAAUUCUAGAAAUAGAAU